CCCCCCAGCUACAAACUACAAACCCGGGCUGCGCGCUCCCGUGAACUAAUUCAUUGUAUGAGAUACGGGAAGGAGCAGCGAGCGACUCGACUGGUUGGCAAACCGGCUAAGGUGCGGGAAACUGAAAAAACAACUGCUACAUAUAUAAACUACAGGGAUGGCAGCCAUCCGUAAGAAGCUGGUGAUUGUGGGUGAUGGAGCUUGUGGAAAGACCUGCCUUUUAAUUGUCUUUAGUAAGGACCAGUUCCCAGAGGUCUACGUUCCCACUGUUUUUGAGAACUAUGUUGCUGACAUAGAGGUGGACAGCAAACAGGUUGAGCUGGCCCUGUGGGACACAGCAGGUCAGGAGGACUACGACAGGCUGAGACCCCUUUCCUACCCAGACACUGAUGUCAUUCUUAUGUGCUUCUCCAUAGACAGCCCCGACAGCUUGGAAAACAUUCCAGAGAAGUGGACCCCAGAAGUCAAACACUUCUGCCCCAACGUUCCCAUUAUCCUUGUCGGUAACAAGAAAGACCUGCGCAAUGAUGAGCACACACGUCGAGAGCUGGCCAAGAUGAAGCAGGAGCCUGUGAAGUCGGAGGAGGGCCGGGACAUGGCCGGAAGAAUCGCAGCAUUUGGUUACAUGGAAUGCUCUGCCAAGACGAAGGACGGUGUGCGGGAGGUGUUUGAGAUGGCCACCAGGGCAGCACUGCAGACUCGUCGAGGAAAAAAGAGCAGCAAAUGUGUACUGCUCUAAAGUGGCCAACAUUUGGACUGGUUUUUCCCCUGGGCUACUGCACACAGGGCUGGGGCUUGGGACCGUGGGGUGACUUGAUGGGAGAGGGGAGGGACGGGAGGAAAAGCAGUAAACUACUACCGCUGUAAAAUGGCUGUUUGUCGGAUUGAAUUUACCCUGGGAGGUGGGUUCUGGAUUCUCUGACCGGGCUGGGCGGGUAAGCAGAUGGAUCAGUGGCGAGGGAGCACAGGAAAUAGCUACCAGUGUAAACACUGGGAUAUGUACCUGUAGGUUUACCACCAAAGUGGGAAAUUCCACCAGCCACUUCCACUGUCUGAGAACAUUAGACACUGGUUCAUAAAGAAAAAACACAAAAAACAACACAGAAUGAUUUAAGAAAAGUGCAUGUGAUUUACAGUAUGAACAACACAGCUAAUUAAUAUAUAAGGUAAUGGUCAGAGGUGGUUCAUUUAUAAUCAGGUGUCAUUUUCUUCUUUAAAAUCAGGCACAAGGAAAAGUUUCAUCUUUUCAUAGAGUCCACCAUGUUGAAGCAGUGGUCAUGUGUUGUCAGCUGCUCAGGUCUUGUGUGUUGUAUUAUCAGAGAAGAGGCGUGGAGCAGCGUGCUCUCAUGUCCAGCUCAGUGCCACUGAGUCCCACAGUUGGCUAAUCCUCUGCUUACAGGACUCAGUGACAAACUAGCUGAGCCCUGAGAGUACUCUGAUCAUUUGUUUACUACUCUAGUAAACAAACUGUCAUUUGUAUAACUGUAGCCAAAGUACAUGUGGGAUUACAGUCAAAUAGUUUUCAGUAUAAACAGAGGUUCUCUCUGUGCAUCACCAAUUGAUUUAUAAUUGCUAAGUAACAUUGUCAUUGUGUUUCCUGCUUUCAAUAUUUAACAGACCUGUGCAGUGCUGUGGAUUUGGCAGGGUGAUGGUCACAUUCCUUUCCUCAUUGUUAGGGAAUAAACCGAUGGGUGGUGCAAAUGACAGGUGAAUUGUGAAAUCCUUGCGUUGGGUGACAAAGAUGGCUUCCUGCCCUGAGUAGUACAACCUGAGCUAACUCAGCUGCUCGUUCUCGGCUCCUAUCACUUCUUGUUCCACAAAAAUGACUGCUGGUGCUCAUCUUUACCUGGGUGUAAACCAGGUCAAUGAACAAGAGAGUCAAGAAUGUGUUAUGUUAUGUGUAUGCAUACAUACAUAAGUAGAGCUGCUCUUCAUAUUUAGGAUGAAUGACUAUGCAUGCAUAUGGUUCAGAUGUGCAAAAAACAUGACCAGGUUGGUGUUUGAGGGAAAGUUGUGCCUGUAAUGUUUGUGCAACUUAUCCUUCAUGGGAAAAACAUUUCUACCUUCGUUUUAGUAGUAAUAGUCAAUAUUAAAAAGAAAAGAAAAAAACAUCGAUCUUGUUUGUUGAGUAUACUGUACAUGAAAAUGCCAGCAUUGUCAGAUGAGGCAGUUGGGAAGAUCUGAAGUACAAACAUUCAGGUUAAAUUAACCAUUCUGUGUAUGUUGAAACCCUUAUUUUAGAGAAUCUGAAAGAUCUUUUGUUUUUACGAAUGAUUUAAAUGUCACCAGCCUUUCAUGACUUUCUGUUUAAUAACCAGGUUGACUUUAUUUUUCUUGACUAUCUGCAAUCUCCUGUUCUUAUUCCUGGCCUGCACGGAGGAGCCUGUUCCACAAAUCCAGUUUUGUGUUGUUUUUAUUUUUUAUUUUUCCUGCUUUAAAUCGUCAUAAAUAUGUGUCUAUCAGUAUUUAAAAAAUAGGAGGUGAAAAACUAGAGAACUGUCCACAUGCCGUUCCUCCUGUUUAUUUUUAGUCUUUUCCAAAAUCUCUCAGAUAAUUUACUGUUGCUUGCAAUGACUCGUCAAUCAUGCCUUGCAAUAGAAACUUUACUGAAAAGACAAAUGAAAAACAAGUCUAGUUUCCUCCGUAAUGUACAAAUCAUUUUCUUGUAUUUCUUUUAUUGUAUUUUAAAUCCUAAUUUUUUGGAUGCUGAAGCAGUGCCGUAAACAAGGAGCAGGAAAACCAAGCUGUAUGCAAAGUCUGUAAAUAUGAAAUGUGGGUUUGUUCAUACUCGACUAUACACAUGCACAGGACUGGAAACUGUAUUUGUAAACUAGCUUUGGUUUGUGUAAUAAAUUACUUUACUAUAACA